CGUCAACAUGAAAGACCAGCAGCCCCGUACAGUGUGCGGUGAGGAACUGUCAUUCCGCAACAAAAACUUUUGCCUACAAUUCAACAAAGCCCGAGAAUUGUGAACUUUUCUCAUGAAAAAGUGCAUCUAAUCUGCUGCAUUUCGGUGAAAUACGUUCGGAAAGCGUUGCAGCAUCCGCGGCUCGUGUGGUUUCAGCCGUAAAACAUGGCUUGCACCGUGUGGAACGUUGCGUUGUAUUGUGGUUCAUAGUGGAAGUGAUCUGGUGGUAGAAGAUGCCUGACGUCACGCACAGGUCGACGACGACGGCUGUGCUGUUUCUUGGAAGAUAUGUGCUUCGACAGUAUUGGUUUUAGAGUCGCCCAAAUUUAGCCAAAACAAAGUCACGCGAACAGUGCAACAAGAACUAGAGCUGCAAACAGAAAACCUAAACAAGAAAUUGUUUAUAAAAAGUGUCAUACAAGUGCCGGGAAGAACAUUUGUGUCGCUAGUUACGGGCAACAUAAAACCGUUGUGAAUAAGAGAGCGGUCUUCGUGUGAGACCACUGAUUACGUGCAGUGCUUGCUAUAGGUACACUGAAUUCACGAUGGACGAUAAAAACUCAACCGGAAGUGGCGGAGGAGGUGGUGGCAGCAGCACAGGUGGUGGAAGUGGUGGCGGUGGUGGCGAAACGAAAGUGAUCUAUCACAUCGACGAUGAAACGACACCGUACCUAGUGAAGAUACCGUUACCGGCGCCACAGGUGACACUGAAAGACUUCAAGCUGGUACUGAACAAGCAGAACAUCAACUACAAAUACUUUUUCAAAUCGAUGGAUGCGGACUUUGGCGUGGUAAAGGAGGAGAUCGCGGACGACUCGACCAUUCUGCCGUGUUUUAAUGGAAAGGUCGUUUCGUGGUUGGUCACUGCGGACGGCUCAAAUCAGUCCGACUGUUCCGAGCUGCAGCCAACGGAGAUGAUCGAUGGACGACCAACAUUGGCCCAGCUGCGCAGUAUGAAUAAACCGACGAUGAACAAUAUGAUGAAUAUGCCAAUGAAUCCGCUCACCUACCAGUCGGCAUCGGUCGUAUCGAGUGAUCUUGAUUCGACCAGCCUCUUUGAAACGGAAAGCGAAAUAACGCUCGAUCGCGACAUGACGGAGUGCAGCAGCGUGCAGCGGUUGCAAGUACGCAAGAAGCCCCAGCGGCGUAAAAAGCGCGCCCCAUCGAUGUCACGCACUUCGUCCUACAGCUCGAUCACCGAUUCGACGAUGUCGCUCAACAUUAUCACGGUGCAGAUUAACAUGGAUACAGUGAAUUUCCUAGGCAUCUCUAUUGUGGGACAGUCGAACCGGGGCGGCGAUGGUGGCAUUUACGUCGGUAGCAUAAUGAAAGGAGGUGCGGUUGCACUGGAUGGGCGAAUCGAGCCGGGUGACAUGAUACUGCAAGUGAACGACGUGAACUUUGAGAACAUGACCAACGACGAAGCCGUCCGGGUGUUGCGUGAGGUAGUGCAAAAACCGGGCCCAAUCAAGCUAGUGGUGGCCAAAUGCUGGGACCCAAACCCGAAGGGAUAUUUUACGAUUCCGCGCACCGAACCGGUACGACCGAUCGAUCCGGGUGCGUGGGUAGCACACACGGCGGCACUACGCUCGCAGGAUACGAUCAACACCGAUCUGCCCGAAUCGGUGCUUGAACGCCUGCAUGCCGAUAUGGACAUGAAAGAUAUUGUACGUGCAAUGACAAAGCCCGACAGUGGGCUUGAGAUUCGUGACCGCAUGUGGUUGAAGAUCACCAUCCCGAAUGCAUUUAUCGGUGCGGACGUUGUCAACUGGAUACUGGAACACGUGGACGGUAUAGGCGAUCGUAGGGAGGCUCGCAAGUACGUCUCAGUGAUGUUGAGGCGUGGCUAUAUCAAGCAUACGGUCAACAAGCUAACGUUCUCGGAACAAUGCUAUUACGUCGUCGGUAAUGGCAUCCGACAGGAUAUCUCGAACAUGUCGCUCGAGGACACGGAAAGCAUGCUGAGCGACAUCGCGCCACUGCCGAAUCCGCCAAUCUACAUGACGUACUCCGGCAACUACAACCCGUCGCAUGGCUAUCAACCGAUCCAGUAUGGGUGCACCGGUGAGCGGCAUCCGUCGUCCGGAUCGAGCAGCUCAGAUAUCCUCACGAGCAAGGACACGUCGGCAUCCCAGAGUGACCUUGCAGCCGUCAUACAGCAGACCAACCAGAUGACGAUCGCGAACGCAUCGAACAAAUCUUCCGGAUCCUCGAACCGCGGUAAUGAGCAAGACAUUUCAGCUACACUUCGUUUCGGUGAAGGAAAAAGCAACGGAGACUUUAAGACAACGAGAGUGGGCAGCGGCGGUGGUGGCAUCGGUGGCAAGCUGAUCAGCACGAACGAUGACGAGGGAUAUGAGGACAGCAUCUACUUCCAGCAUCAACCGAUGCAACCGACUCUGCAGCAUCAGCAGCAGCAGCAGCAUCCACUACAGCAUCAGCAAUCGUUCGGCCGGAAUGGCAGUGGCCGAAAGGAACCGGGACACAUCUACAACAAUCAGUAGGGCAAGUAGGGCAGCAAUAGCAGCAGAAAACGGGUGUACCGUCUUGUGGUGGGUGCGUGCGUGUGAGUGUAUGUUUAUGGUAAGAUAUGGUUUUUUUCACCGGUUGGUCGGUUUUCCGGUGUGAAGUAAAAGCCAAAAUCAUAAGAACCUCACACAAAACCAUGAACAAAAAAAAACAGACACACAAGCGACACAACAGCAACAGAAGGAGUAGAUUUUGGGACGAACAGAACCUUAUCCCACAGUUUUAGAGUAAAAAAAAUCAUCGUGAGAAGUAAAUUGUGUCGUGCAAUCCUGCAAACGGACGGCGACAUUCGUCGACUGGUGGUAUGGAGCAAGCAUGUUGGGCACACGGGGUGAGCACUCACCGUAUUCAAACUAUAUUGGAAAAGCAGGGAAAACCACUGAGUAUAAGUUAGAAAACAAAAGGAAAAUUGCUAAACUAACUCUGGGACAUACGACGAGUGUGGCAGCAGCAGCUAAAGUAAGCUAAGGAGCAAGUCUCUUGUAGGCUAGUCGGCAGCAACAUGCGAAAAAUGCAUCCUUUGCCAACGCUAGACGAUAUCCUUAAAAGAGUUGGAAGUUGGGUGAGAGGAUGCCAAGCGGCGUGAGACGAACAUUGACAAUGUUCGCAAACAGGGAAGCAGGGAUUGGAUAGAAGCUACUAAUAGUAGAGCAUUUUCGUAGGGAAAAACAUUUUUUUCCUCGUUUCAUUGUAAUUCCUCUGACACAUAUAUGUUGUUUUACUUUGUCGACUGAUGCCAAUGUUUUUACAAGGCUUUCCUGAAUUAAUUUUCUCCUUUUUAAAUGUUUGUCGUUUUGCGCCAUCGUUUAAUUUCCAUUCGUGUAGAGUGUUUCCCCAACCCCAAACGCCCUUUUUUUCCUUUCCUGUUUUUCUAUGUCGUUUCUUUCGUUUGUUUUAGGUUCUUCUACUGUUGUACAUCUAUGUUCAUUGAGAUUUUAUCGUUUGUUUGUAACGUCUUUACACCGCAAAACGAUUAUUUUACGUUCGCUUCCGAAACCAUUGUAAAUGUGUUUAUUAUUACGAAUAUUAUUAAUAUUAUAUUAUGAUUAUACUUGCGAAUAUCAAUUAUUUUAAACAAAAGGUAAAAAAUAUAUAUACAUAUUUUACAAAAUGGAAUAAAAACGUUAGAAUAUUUAUACCGGAACUGAUGCUAAGCUAUAUAUUCGAGACGUAAACGGUGGGAAUUUAAUCUUAAACAAAAGCGUAAAAAAUGAUAUACAGUUAGUGCGAGUGAACGAAGGAAAAGAAACACAAACUAUAAGUUUAAGCAAAUUAUACGAACAGCUUGAGGAAGUUAGCUGAAGCUGAAAAGGAACCUAAAACUGAAUACACAAUUAAAAAUUAACUUUAAACCACUCACUUGUACACAUGCAUGCACAUUAUCAUGCAGUUUUGGUAUCGUGAAACACCUUCCUUGUCGGUGCACUUGCAUCGCGUUCGGAAAAGUCAGUGUAUGUUGUAGAGUAACUGUUUCAACAGAACAAUCCACACAUCUGUGCACGAUGAUUGCAAUCGGAAGUUACAUUUCGAUUAUGAGUAUUUUAGUUUUUGGUUAGCACUACAUUCGAACGGACAAUUGCAUUUACGUUUCACCCACCACUUGGUAUGGUCUGACAACAAAAAAAAACCGGAGGAAUUAAUAAGAGUAAUAGUUUUCGCCGUAGUAAUGAGGAAUUCUUUUUUUAUGUUAUUACACACGAUACAAUGAAACUAUUGCGAUUGCGAAAAACAUGUGGCCAAAAAUUUCUACAUACGUAAUUCCUCGCAACCCGUCGUUUCUGCGGAUGUGCAUCCCUUGGUCGUGCCACUGGCGGAACAUUGAAUAGAUUGAAAACAGUGCGUUGGGUUUUACGGAUUCCGAUUAUAUACGAAUUUAAUGUAUGGAGCGUUAUUGUAGCGAGUCUUUAUGAACUACAAACACAACAUGUGACCAUAGGGACGAACUAGCUGAAGGAAACUUAAUCGAAAAUAAAUGUGAGCACGAAAGAAAACAAAAGAAAAGCAACAGCACGUGAAUGCGUGACAAUGGGAUAAACAUAAAAAGGGUCCUAAGAAGAUAAAAGUGUGCAGAGUAGACAUGAAUGCCGGAUGAUGCAGGAAGAAUAAUGGAAAGUAAUAAAUUGAAUGAAAUAAUUGAACUUGUAA